UGAAACUUUAGCAUGUGGAAGUACCUGCAACCUCAACGAAAGCCUUAUCAUAUCAAAAGCUCCGAAAUGUUUUAGAAUAUGAGCCGUAUAGUCGUCCCACAACAUACCAGCAGGGAAGAUCUACCAGUCUUGAGUGAGGAGUGAGGAUAUUACGUUGGCACCAGUAUCAGUGCAUCCCCGGUAGGAGGAACGUGCGGUAUGUGGCUGGCGGUGUUGUUGUUUGGCCUGGUGGUGCUACUGCUGAGGCACUACCUCACCACACCCAAGGACUUGCCGCCUGGUCCAUUUGCAGUCCCUUACCUGGGCGGUAUUCCAGUGGUCACGGUGCAACAAGUAAAAGAAUGCAGGAAGAAAUACGGAGACAUCUUCAUAACGGAUAUGCUUGGCGUGAAGACUGUAUAUUUGUGCAACUACAAGCUAAUCAAAGAAGCGUUUUCCCGUUCGGACAUAACCGACCGACCUAGUGGUGAAGGAAUGCACUUCAUAACAGAUGGCGUUGAAGCAGGUGUGAUUAUGAGUAACGGCAAACACUGGCAGAAUGCACGAAGGUUCCUGUUGCGUAAUUUGCGUGACUUAGGCAUGGGCAAGACCUACCUGGAGAGGGCGAUACAGAAAGAAGCGACGUGCUUGGUUGAUAACUUCAGGAGCGUCUCAGGGAGUCCCACGCUCUUCCCAAAGUCGAUUAACGUCGCCGUGCUAAACGUGGUGUGGCAGAUGGUCGCUAGCAAACGCUACGAGUUAGAUGAUGAGGACAUUCUUCGGAUAGUCAAGAUCAUCAAGGGGGUGGAGGGCAAUGCUGUCGCUGUUAUGUUUAGGUUUUUAUUCCCGAAACUAUCUAAGUUAUUUCCCAAGUACAUAAGGAGUAAGUGGAUGUUAGAGGAUGCCUUGGAAGGGAUGAAGAACGAAAACUACAAGCUGUGCAAGGAGUUGAUGGAAUCCCACCGAGUCUCCCUAGACCCGGACCAUCCUCGCGACAUCAUUGAUGAAUACCUCUUGGCGAUGGAUAGAAAGAGUGAUAUCGCGACCUACUUCAGCGAAUUGGAUCUAACAAGAAUUGUUUUUGACCUGUUUAACGCUGGGUUUGACACAGUCUCAAGCACCCUUCGGUGGUUUAUUCUCUACAUGGCCAAAUACCCCGAUGAGCAGCGUCGCGUACAGCAGCAGAUCGACGAGGUAGUCCCGCGCGACACGCUGCCUUCCUAUGAACAUAAACACAAGCUCCCGCUGGUGGAGGCGACGGUACAUGAGGUGCUGCGAAAGUCCUCCCUCAUAUCCUUGGGCGUCCACCAUGCGACCCAGAACGACGUCCACCUUGGCGGCUACCUGAUCCCCAAGGGUGCCAUGGUGACGGGGGCUAUCAUCUGCUGUCAUGAGGACCCACAGUACUGGGAGCAGCCAGACCAGUUCAGACUGGAGCACUUCCUUGACGAGGAGGGUAACUUUGUAUCCCAGAAGGAGGGUUUCUUGCCGUUCAAUACAGGACGCAGAAAUUGUCUGGGAGAGGCACUCGCGAGAAUGGAGCUGUACAUCUUCAUGGCUGCGUUGCUGCAGAACUUCACCUUCUCACCUCCUGAAGGCUGUGAGGUGGACUUGGAACCCAGCUCGAAGCAGCCAUCCGGUCAAAUGACCAAGGACCAAAAUAUUCUCAUCACUACGAGGAAAUAGUCUGCUGCAUACUUCACUUCAUUACUAUCCAGUUAAUUUCCUAGAAACGUAUCAAACUUGAAAUCAUCGUCUUGAGACAUUAUUAUGUAGUCCACUGCAGGACAAUGGCUUUUUUUUCCCAAACUUUUCCACUAUCCCUUAUUCUUCGACAACACUCAUCUGUCACCUUCUUCUACAAGAAAAAACAUCCUCGGUCUAUCCUUAGCUCAGAAUUUUAACUGGGUUCUUCACAUCUCUCUUACUAAAUAAGCUUCCUCGAAGUUGGGCGUUCUGUAUCGUCUCCGCCAGUUUUUCUUCCCAGCACAUAUGCUUUCCAUAUAUAAGACUGAAUGAUUGAUUCUUUAUUUAACUCGAUAGGUAUUAUAAUAUAUACAUUUUUCUUUACAAAGUUAUAUUGGCUCGUUGAGCUUAUGCUCUAAUACGAGCCUAAAGAAAACAUAUGAUUUUAGAAUUCUAUCACAGGAUGGUUGGGUUAUCUCCAAGGUUAGGGGAAGGUGGGGCACAGCGGGACAAUAAGAUCUUUGAAACAAAAUAUCUCCUUUUUUUGAACAGCUAUUACAAAACUAAAAUAAUGGAAAGCAAAUAGCACCAUUUAGCAAUAAUAGACAUGUGCAUAAGAAACAAUCACCUUCUUUGGAAAAGCUGUGAUCCUCACAAAAGAACAUUUUCAAAUUUGUCCUACUGUGCCCCAAGGUGGGUGGGGGGGGGCACAGUGGGACAAGAAGUGGGCCACACUAGAACAUGAAUAGUACACAUUUCUGAAACCAAAUUUCAAAUCAAAUUUAAGGUACGAAUUUUGUCUCUUUGUUGUGCCGCAUGUGCUAGGCUUGGGGAGGAUGACCUUGACGUCAGCUUGAUGGA